ACCAAGGGUAUCGAGACUAUCGAGGGAUCGGUCGUGAUAGAUUCUAGAAUAUAAAUUCUAAGUAAUAGUUAAUUUAAACUUUCAAACAAUGUGGGAUAACUUUAUAGACUAUUUAAAAGACCCUUUGUUGGUCGUCAAAGUGCAGAACUUUUUUGGAGUUAUAUACAAGAACAGUGUUCGGGAUAACGAAGGCGAUGGUGAAGUCAUACAUUCAGAGAGGUUGGAACGUGAGAAGGAUAAUGACAGUGAUAUAAGGCAGCACAAGCGGGCGCCUAGCAACAUCUCUAGCAGUUCUCAAACCUCAUACGAUACGGAUACUUCAGGCGAGAGCGUGGAGGAGGUCGAGUGCCAUAUCAAUAACAAGUUCUGGUACUGGCUAUUUGUACUUGGUACUGCACUUGGGGAUGAGAUAUUCUAUGCCACAUUUAUACCCUUUUGGUUCUGGAAUAUUGAUGGUGCGGUCGGUAGGAGAGUCAUACUUGUCUGGACUGUUUGUAUGUACCUAGGACAAGGUGUGAAAGACAUAAUCCGAUGGCCCCGUCCGGGGUAUCCGGUCAAGAAACUACAGACCAAAUGGGCCAUUGAGUAUGGCAUGCCGUCUACACAUGCAAUGGUCGGAGUUUCAAUACCAUUCUCUGUGCUGUUGUACACUAUGGACAGAUACGAGUACCCGGUUCACUGGGGUGCCUUGAUUGCUGUCUCGUGGUGUACACUUAUCUGCGUCAGCCGCGUGUAUCUUGGCAUGCACAGCGUUCUGGACAUAGCAGCGGGCCUGCUCAUGGCUUCAGGACUGCUAGUGCUCCUGAUACCUAUGGUGGACGCGCUGGACGACUGGUUGCUCACCCACUGGCUAUCCCCUGCGGUCGUGUUGGCCGUGUCCGUGCUGGUCAUCGUGUACCACCCCAACGCGGACAAGUGGACGCCCACCCGAGGCGACACGACCAUGAUCGUGAGCGUGUGCGCGGGCAUCCUAACGGGCUCCUGGACCAACUACCAGCUCGGCAACAUGGCGCCCGCCUCCACCCCUCCCCCCUACACCAUCAUCUGGCCCUCCAUCGACAUGCUCGGCAACACCAUCCUUCGAACCAUCCUCGGCUUCUGCGGCGUUGUAGCCACCAGGGCUAUAGGUAAAUCAGUCUCUUACGCCUUCAUCUGUGCUUUACUAGGAAAGGAUAAAAACGAAUUAAGAAACUCGGAGAACAGUCUAGAUAAUAAAAAUAAAAUAAUCGUAGAAUUAUGCUACAAGUACUUCACGUACGGCAUGAUAGGUUUUAACACGGUUUUCGUUUUCCCUAAUGUGUUCUAUUUGCUUAGAAUUAAUAGGCCUACGUAUUAUACUGAGAUUUGAUACUAGUCUCUUUUAUGUUCGACAUUCCAUUUGAGGCCUUAAAUCGGGGUUUCCCGAGUGUUUUAAUUAUAAUGUUUUUAAUAAUUUGGAAGUAGUCAUUUGUGUGAGGAGCAAAGUACCUCAAAACAACCCUUUUUUGAUGUAGGUAAAAUAGUGUUAGAAUUUUUCUCGUGAAAGAGAUAGAAGGAGUUUUUAUCUUUCUGCAACUUUCUGGUAACAUGGUUGAUUGGCCUGACUAAUAGUGUUGUUUUAGUUGUUUACUUUAGAUAUCAUCAAUUUAAUUUAUGUAUACUUUGAAUGUCGUUUAAAAUAUUUGUAAUGUGGGUCAGUUCUAUAUUUAAAUUGUUUUUGUUUUCUAAUGUUGGUCUUGAACAGGAAAACAAAUAUUAGAUGAAAUCAUUAGUUACCUAAUGUUUACUUGAUGUUGUUGUUUCUUCAGUUUAACAAUGUUUUCUGGCCAAAACCUCAAAUAAAACCUUUAAGUCAAUUUUAUUAGAAAUGCUGUAGGUUUCUGCAGUCAAUUAUGCCCCGAUGUACGUUCUCCAAGAAUUAUUUAUUAAUGAAUGAUUGUUUAGGAAAACCUCGGUUAGUUAGAAACGGCGGGGCGCACUGGUAAGCUGGUAGUAUUGCGGUCACCAGGUUUUUACACCGUGAAAAACUUUGGAUUUCCUUAUGAGGAAAUAACGAAGCUAUUUAGAUAAAUCGUAAUAUUUUAAUGAUAGAUGAUUUCAAGUGAAGAGAUAAGAAAUACCUACAGUCAUUAAAAUAUAUAAGCGACAUUACUUUGAUUUUUCUGGUAGUUCUCUGAUUUGUUUUGGUUGUUGAUUAUACACUACAUAUUUCAAAGGUCAAACAUUGGUACGGUCGAGAUUAAAUAAAUAAAAUGCACUUACUUACAGUCAAGGGCAAAGAUAUGAAUACGGCCAAUUAUCUUACCAAAAAUAAUAUGUAUUAGCUAAGUUAAGCGCAGAAUACAUAAUAGUAGGUACUACCGUACAGAAAGGACACUUCCUAUUAAACCGAAGUUUGACAGCGAUUCAGGGUCGAAUCAUGAUAUCCCUUUCUAACUUAUGGCACUAUCCCUUUCGUCUAUUUAGGGUUGUCAAAAUUCAAGUCAUUAUCUUAUCUGUGGUCGUGCACGCAACGGGACGUCAAGUGGUGUCAACCCUAAUAAUUGCUCGGAGCAAUGCUGAGCCGAACGGAGCCGAGUUUGCCCGAAGUCAGGAGUGUCUCCCCACUGGCUUAAAUGCGGGGGUUAAAAACAAAGAUCGCGCUAGACGUGGCCUAAAUGUGAACUUUAGUGGGCUCACCAUACUAUUCUGACAUCAAAAAGAGUAUAUAUUUUUGGAGAAAUUGGCCUCAACCAUAUAAUUGCACAUUUUUGUUACCCCGAGAUGGCAAACAAUCGUACGGCCGAUCUUAAUGAUAAGCUGUGUCUUUUAUUUGAAGUCGAUUGUAGAGAAUAAGCGGUAGCACUCCCGUUAUGUAUUUCAACACCAUACAUAAAUAUAUUCAUAACUUUAAUGAUACCUCCUGUGAGUUAACAUGUUACUCGUCUAUUCUAUCACUCUAAUAUUCCCUAUAUCUAUCUACUAGGUACCUACGUCACAUUCCUACACUGCAUCUUAUUUAUUUAAGUACACAAAUAUUGUGUGUAUGUAUAAUUUAAUAUUUGAACACUAAAACGAAAUUGGUCUAUAGUUUUAUGAUACCUACCUUAGUAGUAUUACACAAAUUAUAAUUAUGUAACUAGUUAGUUAGUAAUAAUUAGUAGUAAUUUUGAUUGUUAUAGUGAAUUGUUAUUUUUUUAUCGCCUAAACUAAGUCGUCGGUGCCUUUAUACAUUAUUUGCUAGCUGUAUGUAUGAUUUGGGUUGUAUUUUUAUAUACAUAUAACCAGUAGGGCUGAAUGACUACAUGUCCACGCAAAACGGUUAUUUCCGUUUUUUCGGUCAAGGGGUGGAAGAGGUGGUAUACCGUAUAUUUCUUGUAGUAGGUAUCGACAAAAAGUAAACAUAUGUAUAUACUUGCGUAAACAUUGAUUUUUGUUACCUGGCUUGUAAAAACAGUGCUCCAUCUUCUUGAUCUUGAAUCCGCCUCUCAUGUUUUGUUUACCUAAAUGACGCUCGUAAAUUUCCAAAUGUUGUAAACAAUAAUUAAUUAAGCAAACUUGCCUUUGUGUAUAAUCUGAACAUUUUUAUUAUGCGGUUAUAAUACCCUAAAAAGUACUGUUUUGAAUGCCUUACAUUGAUUAGUCUAGAUUUUAUUAAGAUAUUAUAAAAAUCAUCACAAAUAAUUUGAAUAAAUAAGCAACCGACCGGUCGCCAUCAAAAUUAUAGGAUAAACUAUUCAAUGAUUGGCCUUUAGAAAUACCGUCAUUGCCCCAUAUUAUGUAGGAAAAUCACCACUGUUGUACUUCAAUAAGAUUGAAGGGCGCCAAGAUUUGUAUAGUUUACCCUAUUUGAGUUACGUAUAUUAUAUACAUUGACUACCUUUAGCGUUUUUGCAUCAGCUUUGCGUUUGAUUUGACUAUUAUAUUUACGCAUUGAUUUGACGUGUUUGCGUCGAAGCGUAACCGCACCGCACAAUGCAUUGUUAUGCCUAUUAUGUACCUGAUAAGGUUUAAUGUUCGAUUGCACUCGCAAUUCAAAUGUGUACCUACAAUGAACAAGACUAUGAGUGUCAAUAGUUCGAGAUUCCGAAAAUAAACUGAAUUGUUCUAAG